AUGAAGACCGCUCGUAUAUCAGUAGAUAAUAUUCGUGUAUCGUGUCGAUUUCGUCCACCUAAUGCUUCCGAACGGCAUAGUCCCUUUUGUGUGGAUUUAGAUGGAUCUAAACAUGUUAUUUGCAAAACCCUUCAAACACCACGAGGUGUGGCUGUUGGAUAUCAACAAGCCUCAAGUCCACGUGGAGGAUUAACAGAUGAAUCGGGUUCUCUUAGUGGUUCUGCUAGUCUAUCAUAUGAUUAUUCUCGUUAUUCCUUUUCUUGUGUGUAUGGACCUGAUACCACACAAGAGGAAUUAUACAAUGAUGUCGCUUCGCCUAUUGUAGAUGAUGUGAUGAAUGGAUACAAUGGCACGAUUCUGGUGUAUGGACAAACUGGAAGUGGAAAGACACAUACCAUGUUUGGUCCUAAUAACACGCUUGGCAGCAGUAGCAGUAGCAAUAGCGGUAGUAAUAAUAAUACUAUUACUACUACUACUACAAACACGAAUUUAAAUAGUACUUCACAUUUAACAGGUGGUCCAUCCGUUCCACCGAUACUUCAUAAUAAAACGAAUCCACUUCAUAGCGGUAUUGCCCCUAGAGCAUUGCGGCAUAUUUUUCAUUCCAUUCGCACUUCCGAUGCGGGUGUGGAGUUUGAAAUCCGCCUCAUGUGUGUAGAAGUAUAUAUGGAGCAGGUGCGGGAUCUUCUCACGGGUGAAAUCCGCCACGUCCGGGAGGAUCCCACCGGCUUCUACGUUGCGAACUGCGCCCAGCCGUACAUUUCACACCCCGACGAGGCCCUUCAACUCCUGCGGGCGGCACUGCGCCGGCGAGUCACCAGCGGCACGGCGUACAACGACGCGAGCAGUCGAAGUCACUGCGUGGUGAGCAUCACCGUGCGGAGUACGAGCCACACGCAACACGAGGCCCGCGUGGGAAAACUAUUUCUGGUCGAUCUCGCCGGCUGUGAGAAGGUCUCCCGCACACAAGCCGAUGGAUUGCAGUUGGAAGAGGCCAAACGUAUUAAUAAAUCACUUACAACACUUGGGCACGUGAUUGUAUCCCUCGCAGAGCGGCACUCCCACAUCCCCUAUCGUGAUAGUAAACUUACACGUAUAUUGAAAGACUCAUUAGGUGGGAACUCCCGCACGGCUCUUGUUGUCUGUUGUAGUCCAUCACAGUUAAAUGCACAUGAAACCAUCUCCUCUUUACGAUUUGGUGCACGUGCACAAAAUGUCUGCAAUCGGGCCGUUGUGAAUCGACAACUCACGAUGGAAGAACUUAAAAGUAUGUUAGAUAUUGCUAAACUGGAGAUACGAAAAUUAAGACGAAUGUUAAAGGAACGGGGUCUUGGUAAUCAUAAUAAAAGUAGUCUACUACUAGCCUCAUCAUUAUCACCCAAGUCGUUAACAUCUAUCUCAUCUCCACAAGCAUCAUCACUACUACUACCACCACCAACAACAACAACAACAAGAACAAGAACAAGAACAAGAGAAAUCAUAGGAUCCGCAGAAGCGGGGUUAAUAAACACACAAGGAUUGGCAUCCCCUACACAAGAUGAAACUGGAUCUCGUUCAGUUUGGGAAACGGCUACAGAUGAUGAAAGUGUAGAAGUACUUCUUCAUCAAGAGGCUCGUGAACAACUUUCUUUAAGUGAUCUUAGAGCUGAGGUGGAACGUCUACGGGAUGCCUUGCGAGAUGCGGAAAGUAGAAUAGAUACACUUCGUACACAAUACACCGCACAGACCGCGUUAGUCCAAAUUCUUCAGGAGGAAAGUACCGUCUGGGAGGAGGAAUUUACAAAAGUGAUGCGGGAGGUGUAUGCCCAGCGACGUUGUGCCGAUCAUUAUCGUGCACUUCUGCAAGAGGCACGAGAUGGAGAGGGACUUUUACCACGACAACUCUCUUCCUAUAUGGAACAACUGCGUGGUAUUCGUCUGAUGUUGGAACAAUAUAAUGAAGAAGUCUCUUUGCCAAGCCGUCGUGCCAGUCAGAAGUUGUGUGGAAUGACUUCACCACAGUCUACAACGGUUCAUCAUAAUAAUAAUAAUAAUAAUAAUAAUAACCACAACAACAACGCUGACAAUAAACACAUACAAUCCAAAGAAUGUACAACAACAACAAACACUGCUAAUGAUACUACUACUAUUACUACUACUACUACUACUAAUAAUAAUAAUAAUAAUAAUAAUAAUAAUAAUAAUAAUACCACUACUGGAGUAGAACCAGUGACGGAAGCAUCCUCCUUUCAGAGUUCAUGUAAUCAAAUCCUUGUAAAUGUCACAUCCUCCAUGGGAGAUGCACAGACGCAGAAUGGUGUAUCAAUCACACUUCAAGAUGAUAAACCGUGUAGUCACCGUAUGAAUAACGGCAUUAAUAGUAAUAAUAAUAGUAAUAGUAAUAAUAAUCAUCAUGAUGAUGAUAAUGUGGUGCAAGCGCAUGAAUUACUAAUGGAUCGUUUGAAUGCUGCUGUGGAUGAACUGGAGCAGUUGCGGAACUCUAAUGGAGCUCUAACGUUAGAAUUACAACUCGCCGAAAAGAAGUUGUCCAUCCGCCAUGAACGUAUUGAAACGUUAAAAUUUGCCCUUCGACAGGAGUGUGCGGCAAGUCAAGAACUUCAACAAACACUUGAAAAUGAGCGGACAAACCACAGAGCUCAACUCGUGGAAGCCCGCAAUGAUGCCCUCUACUGGCGACAGCGGUAUGAUGAUCUUCUUCACAACUCCCACACAAGCAGCAGAAGAAGAGAAAUGGAACGGACUUCACGGCAUCGGAGUAAAACACCAGCGCUGGAGGUGGCGCUCUCCGCCCGCAGUCAUCGUCCAUCGGCGUUAUCUCCAUCGUCUGUGGCCCCGCACGAUAUGAAUUCGCCGACUUCUCUCAGUCAUGGUAUUCUCGUGAAAUCCAUCAGAGGAGGUGGUGGUGGUUACAAGGAAAGGAAAGAAGAGCGAUAA